AUGUAUCUGGUGGUAGUGGAUUCCCAUUCCAAAUGGCCCGAAGUGCAAAUCAUGGAUUGCACCUCUGCAAAUAAGACCAUCAAUGUACUGAGAGGCUUAUUCAGUCGUCACGGGGUCCCUCACAUCCUAGUGAGUGAUAAUGGGCCUCAGUUCAGCUCAGAGGAAUUUUCCACAUUCUUGAAGGCAAAUGGAGUCAAGCACAUUCGCUCCGCACCAUACCACCCGGCUACAAAUGGCCUGGCCGAGCGAUUUGUGCAAACGUUCAAACAUGCCCUCAGAUCCUCCAGAGGCACCGCACCAAUUCAACAGCGUCUGGACAUAUUUUUGUUGACGUACCGUAAUACCCCUCAUGCUACAACAAAAGAACCACCCGCUAUGCUGUUCACAAAGCGCACACUGCGCACACGACUGGACAUUCUUAAACCCAGUGUGACUGGCGUUGUUCAUCAAUCUCAGGUCGCCCAGCAGCAGCGUCGUCAACAGCGCUCCAAGGCCAGACACUUUGCAGUGGGUGAGUCUGUCCUUGUACGGGACUACCGGAGAGGGGAGGAGAAGUGGGCACAAGGGUUGGUAAUGACACAAACAGGACCAGUGUCUUAUGAGGUCAUGGUAGGAGCUGACAAAGUGUGGAAACGACACGUGGAUCAAAUAUUGCCAUGCACAGAGCAGGCGCACGCAGACGUGGCCGACUCUGCUGUGUCAGACUGUGUUGAAGGUGUUCAAAGAUUGUUCAGCAACUCACUCAAGAUGAGGGAAAAGAGCAACAAGGGGAAAAUGCCCCCUCGGAAAUGCAACAUGUGUAGAGUAAUACAGGACGGAGUGUCUUCCAGUGUCUCGAGCUAG